AAUCUUGGCUGUGGCAUUCGGAAUGUAGAUGGUGUUGGUUUUCGUACCCCAAGCAGUCUAGGCAAUGUGGCUCAAUUCGGCGAAUUCCCGUGGACUGUUGCCAUUUUAAAAGAGGAAAAAGCAUUAGACGAACAAAUUUUGAAUGUUUAUGUUUGCGGUGGUUCUUUGAUCGAUCUGGGUGUCGUUCUAACUGCUGCACAUUGUGUCGACCAGAAAGAUCCGAAAAUUUUAAAAAUUCGUGCCGGCGAAUGGGAUACACAAACAAAAGAUGAACCGUAUCCCCAUCAGGAUCGUGCUGUCCGCGACUAUGUCAUUCAUCCGGAAUAUCAUCACGGUACCUUGUUCAACGAUAUUGCAUUGCUGUUUCUCAUACAACCAGUUGAAAUUGCUGAAAAUGUAAAUACUGUUUGUUUACCAAAUGUCGAUGAUAUUUUCGAUAACGCUCGUUGCUUUGCAUCGGCUUGGGGACAAGAUAGAUUUGGUAAAGAGGGCAAAUAUUCAGUAAUAUUGAAAAGAGACGAACUACCAAUCGUGCCGCGGGAAACAUGUGUUCAGAAAUUGAGAGAGACACGACUUGGCCGACAUUUUCAAUUGCACUCCAGCUUCAUUUGUGCCGGUGGCGAACGCGGUGAUACUUGUAAAGGCGAUGGUGGCAGUGCACUCGUUUGUCCUAUUCCAAAUGCACCGCAUCGAUAUGUACAAACAGGAAUCGUAGCUUGGGGCAUUGGAUGUGGUAAUUCAACGCCGGGCGUCUAUUCAAAUGUACAAAUGUUCCGGAACUUGGUGGAUAAACAGAUGGAAUUGAAUCAUUUGACCACAAAGUCUUAUUUAUACCACUGAUAAAAUAGCACAAGGAACUAAUAGAGAUCGACUAUCAACUGUUUCUCUUU